AGUACCACCAUCAUUAACCAGCCGCCGCUCUCUACGGCCACAGUGUACUAACAUCAGGAGAGUUUGAUCGGCAGUAACAGUCUACCGGGGCGGAAUUCUCCUGAUAAGGAGGCCAGGCAGAAAGACCCUUAAACAAACCAGUCUUCAGUCACACACAGAGCCAUGGUGGAAUACUACCAGAUAUUAGGAGUCCGCAAAAAUGCAACACAAGAGGACAUCAAAAAAGCUUACAGAAAAUUAGCACUGAAAUGGCAUCCAGAUAAGAACCCAGACAACAAAGAGGAGGCAGAGAAGAAGUUCAAAGAGCUGUCAGAGGCCUAUGAAGUCCUCUCAGAUGAAAACAAAAGGAAUAUUUAUGACCGAUACGGAAAAGAAGGCCUUUCAGGAGGAGGAGGCGGUGGAGGCCACUUCAAUCACUUUGGCAGCAGCAACUUCACAUUCCGUAAUCCUGAGGACGUUUUCAGGGAAUUCUUCGGUGGCAGAGAUCCGUUUGCAGAUUUAUUCCCUGAUGACCACUUCGAUAGUUUUUUUGGUGGAGGUCGCAGUCAUCAAAGAAGCGCAAACCAGACCAGGAUGGGGGGCUCGUUUUUUGGUUUUGGUGGCUUUUCAGGAAUGGGGCCUGGCUUCUCAGGGUUUGACUCAGGUUUUACCUCGUUUGGAGACAUGGGCAGUGGAGGAUUCACCUCCUUCACGUCGUCUUCGUUUGGUGGUCUUGGGGGAGAGGGGAGGGGUUUCACCAAAUCUGUGUCGACCUCCACUAAAAUUGUCAACGGCAGAAAGAUUACCACAAAACGGACUGUGGAGAACGGCCAGGAGCGGGUAGAAGUGGUGGAAGAUGGUCAGUUAAAAUCUCUAACAGUUAAUGACGUCGCACCACAGGACCCCUUUGAGGAGGAGUUUCGCUGCCUCAGACAGAACACACUUCCUGGCUUCGGCCUGCACCAGCGCUACCUGAGGAACUCCGCCCAGAACCCCUCAGAAGAAGAGGAGGAGCACGGCCCUCAGAGUCAGGGACUAACAAGAGGACACGUGGACUCCAAGAGGAAGAAACUGUGGCUAAAAGAAGCGGAUUCCAGAAAGAAACGAUCUGCUCGACUCUUUCCUCGUUUCAGUGGAUUUGGGACAUUUUUUUAAACACGUUACACAUACCGGUACAUGUUACGGGUUGGGGUUUUUUUUUUGGCAAAAAAAAAAGGGCCAUCAGGUACAUGUGGCAUUGGAUUGUUUUGCAAAAGAAAUAAAAAUUAAAAAUAAAAAUCAUCAACCCAACAGCAUUACUGCUGCAUUA